AUAAAUCAUAGCCUAAAUAUAAAUAAUUUAACAACUUAAAUUAGAAAAAAAUAAAAAUCCCGGGCGUAGCCCGGGUUAAUCCCUAGUUAUCUUUAUAAGUGGGGUUAAUAAGAUAUAAAAACCCAUUAACGCAUUACAAGUCCCGCCUAUUAAAGAGAAAUAAAUAGUCGAGAGAAGAAGUAGGUUAGAGGACUUUUCGUGGAGAAGAAGCAAAACGGCUAAUUCUCCGAACAUGGAUGUGACAGAGACGCAACAGAUAACAGCAAGGACGAUCGAGAAGGUGGUCGUUCAUCCACUCGUCUUGCGUAAUAUCGUCGACGAUUACAACCGCGUCGCUAAGGAAUCAGGCAAGCGCGUUGUCGGUGUUCUUCUAGGCGGUAGCUCCAAUGGUAUCGUUCAUGUCAUCAACAGCUACCCAGUGCCCUUCAAGGAGGAUGACAAAGACCCAUGUCGCGGGUUUUUUGAUCACAAACACCACCUCUCAAUGUUGCAACGGUUCCACGGCAUUAAUGACAUGGUUGGUUGGUACAGCACAGGCCCUGAACUUCGAGAUAAUGAUUUGUAUGUUCACGCUCAGUUCUGCCACUAUGCUCCCAAUCCAGUGCUUGUCGUUAUCGAUGUAGUACUUGGAAUUCCCACAAAUGCUUACUAUACUAUGUCCAGCCUCGAGGUAACGCACAUACGCUUCCUAACAAUUUAUAUUUUGUAUAUAUUUAAUCAUUUUGAUUGCAUACUGCUUCUCUUCAGAAAAUCGAGAAAGAAGUCUUUGUUCGUGCGUCUGUAGAAAUCGCUCCUCAUGAAGUCUAGGAGGACUCUGGUACGUCCCAAAAAACUAAUAGAGCCAUCUUCUGUGAUCGUGUUUGAGAACUGUCUUGUCUUCUCAUAUGUACAUUUUUUUUCUUCUCAGGUGAAGAACAUCUCCUCAGUGAGUUUCAAGAUACAACUACAGAAAUUGCCCCCAAGGUAACUUUUGUUGCAUCUGUGUGUCUUAAAUCUGUGUGCACCAGUAAAAGCCCAGCACUCGUGGAUCGGAUAAAGGAAAUUGGGUUUUUGAGGCUACCAACUUUUGUUGGUAUGUAUGCCUUUUAGGUUUAGGAAAAUUUACUUUUUCUAGAUAAGUAUGUAUUUCUAAAGGAUAAAAGAAAUCAGGUUUUGAGACUGCUAUAAAUAUAUUUGUAAGAUUAUUUAUUCACACAAUAAUAAGAUACCCUAAAACGGGUAUUUGCCUCAAUACGUUUUGUUUUCUAUUGUCUUCUUGCUUAAUUCAUGUCUGUUCACAACAACUUUCUUCUUCUCAUAUGUUGAAUUGUUCUUUAGAUUAGGUCUCGUUUCUCAUUUAAUGUCUUUUAUGUUUCAGAGAAUGACAUUGGGAGGUGUGAGCUUUGUGGAUGCGAUGGAGUCGUACAUGGAGUUCUACAAAAAUCAGUGAGAUGAUUUUUUUUUCUCUUUUUUUUUUGGAAAUUUCUUUUAAGAUGUGUCAUUAACUAUAUAUAUCUGGUUGUUUUUGAUGUUACAGGGUUAGGAUCAGCGUCGAGGGAUAUGACAUUUCCCUUCGACCCGUUGAUCUCGACAUUUCCUUGGUGAAGCACUUCAGCUCUUGUGGAAACGUGGAGUUCGUGAAGGUGCCGAGAGACCCGGUGACCAAUGCUAUUAGCGGCACAAGUACUACUGUGGUUCUCCGCGGGAAAGGUGCAGCAGAGAAGGCCUUGGCCCUCAACGGAAGUGACGUGGGAGGAUGGAGAGCGUCUGUCAAGAUCUUACCACCAGCGCUAAGUAGUCUGAGAUCUGGCUUGACUACUCGUGAAGCGGCACGUCAAUACGUCGCCCACUUCAAAAGAUACAUGUAAAUUUAUAUACUCGUGUUUUUCUCUCUUGCAUUAUGUUUUUAAUUUUGCUGACAAAUUCAUUAUCGCAGGAGCCGAGGCAUUACUGUUAAAGGAUAUGAUUAUUCGCUCUGUGAGGCUGAUGUCAAGAGGGCUUUGGUUAACUAUUUCUCUUCCUGUGGAGAGAUCACCGAUGUUUUUGUUUUCAAAAGGUUUGUUGAGUAAACUGUGUGUGAUUUUUUUUUUUUUUUAAUCCAUCUAACCUCAGUUUUUCUUUUGCAGACGUGCUUUGGUCUACUUUUUCGAAUAUGAAGCAGUGGAAAGUGCUUUGAAGGUUUGUCGACCAAGUCAAAGACGUGUCACGGGGACGUGUUUCCGUGCUAGAGCUAUGCCGAUACCGAAACGGUUGAUUGUUUAUGGCCCUGACUCCUGCCUUGCUACUCCUACUUAUUGAAGAUGGUCCUUCUGUUUUAGACAUUAUAAUCUGUAUAUGGCUGGAUGACUCGGGUUUUAUUUUGUUAAUUUAGAUGGUUGUUUUAGUCUUCAGCACUUGAAAAGGAUAUUAUGAAACUUAUAAUUAUUUUAAAAAGUAUUUAGUAAGCAUCUUGUGCAGUGUGGUGUUCUUUAUAUGGUUUAAAUCUCAGUUUAAUGAGAUCAUUAAGUCACUAACAGUUUGAGAUGUAAAAACACAAAAACGGUGUCUUAAAUCUUUGUUUGCAAGUCGUUGAGGAAAGAUUAUGACAAUGAGACCAGAUUCGUUGUGGCUAUAUUCCGGACAAGUUCUUGUGUUGAGCGAUCAUGUUGAGAACAUAGUGCAAUCCGAUUGCAAAUGGCAUAAACCCGUUUGAACUUGGAAGCUCAAUGAUCCGGUUCUAAUCUAUUUUAAUCUGAGAUGGGUUGUUAUUACGGUUAUGGGGUCUAAAGAGAGCAAGGAGAAUGCAUUCGGAUCAAUUCGAGCAUGGUCAAGAGUUCAGGAAUAUGAAUGUGUGUGUGUAUUAUUAAAGUUAAAAAUUACAGAUUCCGCUACUAAGAUAUUUAAUUAUUCCUAGAUAUUAGCAUUAAUUAUCUUUUCAUUAUAUAAAACAAGCAUGAACAUACUUUAAUCGUUUCUAAAUUUUAACUAAUAAAUGAUAAAACAUAUUAUUUCAAAUAUUAUGGGAAAUAAAACAAAAUAUCUUUUCUACAUAAUUAAUUUUUGAUAUAUAAAUUAUGUAUAUAUUAUGUAUUUCUAAUAAUUUAAAAUUUUAAUUACAUGGAAGUACCAAAUAUUAAUAUAUAAAUUAUUUAUACAAAAUAAUAUUAAAAAAUAUUAUUUUACAAUUUAUGUCCAAUCAAGAACUCGAUCUCAAAACUAAUAAAAUAAACAUAUUAGAAAAAAAUGCGAUAAAAAUGAUAAUUUGAAAUAAUAAAUUAAAUUAUCACAUUUACACAAUAUAAUUAUUUUGUAAAUAUAAUAAUAUACAAUUACUUAUACUAUAAUUGUAAAAAUAUAUAACAAUAAUCAUGAACAUAUAUAUUUACUUAUAAAAAGUAAAAACAAACAUCCUGCAUACGGGUCGAUUUCUAGUUAGAACUAUUAAAGGUAGAAAAGCUGUGUGAAAUGAAUAAACAUCAUGUGUAUUAUUACUAUAUGAAAAAAGCAAAUGAUUAUAAGUUUAUAACUCAUUCGGCGAAAACUUAUCUUUCGGAAAAGCCAACGAGCUUUUGAGUUCCCUGCUUUAGAAGGUAUCAACCAGUAAAGGAAUAUAACCUUUUUGACUGCGUCGAACUUUAAGUCCUUCACGCUUCGCUGUUAAUUAGUGUUAGUCUUUUCACUUUCUGAUUUUUAUAUACUUCCUAAAACAGUCCUUCCCAUUAUAUUUGACUUUACGUGCGGUAAUUAACAACUCCGAGAAGGUAAAUCAAAGACUUGACUACGUUUUUUGACAUGUAAGUCUUCGUUUUAACCACCUCUUUUCAUAUUUAUAGUUUUAUCCUAAAACUAAAAGUAAAUGCGGAAGGUAAAAUGGGCAUUGUGACACCUUAAUGAAGUUUAUCAUAUUCUCUACUGUAUUCAUUGUAUGUCAAAGUAGGUGUUAUACGUAACUUUCAGUAAAAGUAAGAGAUUUUUUCUCAUGUAGUACUAAACUUUAGGUUUCAAAAAAAAACUUUAGGUUUCCAAAAUAAAAUUUUGCUCAAAUGCAUGGCAAUGUAACGUGCAAAUUGUUGCAGUCUGGUCUUUAUUCAAGAUGUUAGGUUUGACUACACAAGAAGAUAAUAUCUACUGUCAGAGAUGGGUCAUAUAAAGGAGCAUACUGAGAUGUAUAUAAAAUUUUACUUUGUUCUUAAUUCAACAAUAUGUGACGUGUAUAAAUACUUUAUGGUGUUGGUUUGUUCAUUUUGGAGAAACUCAAGUACUUAAACAAGUUUUGUCCUUAACUAAUUUUGAGCUAAUGUCAAUUUGAACAUUAUAAAUAAGUUAGCGUCUUGAUUAUUUGUUUGCGUUUACCUUUUAUAUUACAAUAUUUGUCAAAGAAUAAUAUUUUAAUCAUCAUAAUGAUCAAGAUAAUAUGUAAACAUUUGUUCGUUAAUGGUAGUAUGCUAAACAUACACAAAUGUAAAUAAUUACAAACAAUCAAACUUAAUUGAUGAAUGCUACCGAUUUGAUUGUUGUGCUAGGAAAGUUCAAAAAGAAUAGUUUUCAAAGUUUCAAGUUCCAAAAUUCGAUAACAAAAGAAGUAAUCAGUUAAUCUGUUAUUGUAGAUGUUUGAAUAACAUCUUGAUGAAAAAUAAUUUUUAAAACAUAUAUAGGACAUAAGUUUAUUUAAUUGUAAAUAAAAUAACAGUAUAUGCUAAUAUGCAUUUAUGCAUAAAUUAUCUCCCAUGGGGUAAACGUAAGACGAGUUACAAGUGUUUGGUUAGAAGAAGAUCAACUGUAGCAUUGCUGUCUGCCGAUUAGUUAGAAACUUCCGCCUUACGAAUACUGAUUGCAUACGCCUAUUUAAUUAGAAUUUUGAUAUAAAUUAUGAUUAUUUUCUUGAGAUGUUAUUUUGCAAUAUUAUAUGAUUAAGAACUACCGCACAUAAUAAAUCUACUUACGGAACCUAAGAUACUAAUUGUAAUAUACACAUAUGUUUGAUGCAAUAAGAUCAUAUGAUUAGUUUGAGUAGAAGAAUUACUAACCUAUUGCUUGAAUUAUCUGAUUUUAUAAUCGACUGUAUCAUUCGUUAUAAAAACAGGUAAGCAGAAUUUGAUUUCACCAAGUAGCUAAUUAAUUUUGUACGAAUUUAAAUCGUCUGUUUGAAACGAUAUUAAAUUAACCAGUGAUCUAACGAAACAUAUAUUAUUAUAAACUUAUGACAGUAAAUAUAUAUAUGCAGUAAGGCCACGUAAAAAGAUUUUGUGGACCAAUAAACUUCAACGUAGAAGCAUCUAAAAAGCGAUCGAGUUAGUGUUGAAUAAGAUUUAGUUUAGUCGUUAGAAGAAGUUAGGGUUUUUGAGGGUCCCAGCGUGUAUGAGUUUGCGUGCCUUGAUGUGCUUAAAACUAAAUUUACACCAAUAAUCAACCACCAUACCGAGACGUUUUUGUUUCAUUUCUUUGAAAAUAUAUAUGAUAUAUACCACAGUAUUCUUUUAAGUUAAAAACAUUGUACAUUACAUGAAUUGAUAUGGAUAUAGGUAUUUAUCAACGUAGCGGGAAAUGUAAUAUACUAUUCACUGAUUUGCCACACAAAAAAAAAUAUUUACUGAUUUUAAAUUAAAUUUCAUCAAAAACUAAACAUUCCAACUUAAUUUUGUAGCCAUUAUUAGUUUUAUCUAAAUGAUUUGAGAUGUAUAGUACAGAUUCAUAUUUGCCAACUGUUUUAUUGAUCAGAACACGAUGUAUUCAAUUAUAAACAAUUUGACUUCAAUAAUGUUUCUUAACAUACGUAUUAUAGUACGUGGCAUGGUGUGGAUCAUUUGUUGAGUAAUGAAUAGUGCUGUAUACUGUCGUAGACACUGUUCCAUGCAAACUUUGUAAUAUAUACAGAUAUUAAAUACAAUAAUUACACAAUAAUAAUUGAAUGCCUGCUAACCAUAUGGAAAAAAAAACUCAACGUCUCCACGUG